CAUACCAUCAGCACCAGAGGGCCAAACCACCUUCCUCACCCUUAGAUCUCAUCUUUCCCAUUCCACUCCCACCGUCCGAUCGAUCACCUUUCCUUUCUCUCUCUCUCUCUCUCUCUCUCUCUCUCUCUCUCUUUUUCUCUUGUGUUGUCGUGUUUGUGGCUGUAUGUAGCUAGCACACACAACACAAUUUCAAGUUGGGACUUUGAAGUCGAACAACCCUAACCUAAGAAGGAAGCAGGAGCGGGAACUGCAAAGCAAACACUUGAUAUGUAGCGUUGCUUUCUCAGUGGUCUCAGCAGGUACUUUCUUGGAUUCUUCUUCGGUCUCUUCGGAAAUUGAUGCCAACUAAAGGACAGUAAUAAUCACGGAUCUUCUAUUGCUUUCCUUCGAUUGGACAAAAUCAACUUUACCCAAUGCAAUUUCGCUAGCGGUUACAAUUCGAGGCAUUCUAAUUAACAAGCGCAUAGUGGAGCUAAUAAAUCUUAGUUCUCUGUGCGUGACUCUUUGUUUGGUGGUUUAUGCUCAGGUUUGCUUUGUCUGCAGAUUUGGUUUGAUUGGAGCUCUGAUGGACUUCAAGAUCGCCUUACAUACUUGGACUUGGCAGUUUGAGCUCAUAAUAUGGUGAAGGGUUUUGGAGCAAAAACAUUUCCCAAAAUCUUGCUGUUUUUGUUCUUGUUUCUAAAUCGUUAUUGCCAGUUGAAGUAAUUAAUCUCUGGUAAUUGAAUAGUGGAGGUUCAUUGUGGGCAGGGGAGAGCUAAAAAUUGAACCACACAUAAACAUAGAUUACCCAUUUUGGUGAUCUUCCCUCGACACUGGAACCAUGGAAAUUGCUUGCAGUGUUUGAACUGUCAAAGCAAAGCCCAAGGUAUGAGCGAGGCCUGUGCUACUUCCGCUUUAUAACUCAAGAUUGACCAACCAUGGAAGCAAAUGGAAUCGUUCAUGAUACUAGCCUAGGAGCGGCGAGGAGGGAAAAGAGAGAGGUAGGAGACAAAUCAAUGGAGGAUUUAACUAAAUAUGCACACAGUCCUGCUCACUUGGCAGUUGCCAGGCGUGACCAUGCUGCCCUAAGGCGCAUUGUUUCCACCCUGCCUCGGCUUGCUAAGGCUGGCGAGGUCAACGCAGAAGCUGAAUCUCUUGCUGCUGAACUUCGAGCGGAUGAGGUCUCUGCUGUUAUUGAUCGCCGCGAUGUUCCUGGUAGGGAGACCCCUCUUCACCUUGCUGUACGUCUCAGGGAUUCAGUCUCUGCUGACAUUUUGAUGGCAGCUGGUGCGGAUUGGAGUCUACAGAAUGAGCAUGGUUGGAGUGCUCUCCAAGAAGCGGUGUGUGCUAGAGAGGAAGCGAUUGCCAUGAUUAUUGCACGGCACUAUCAACCCCUGGCUUGGGCCAAAUGGUGUCGUAGACUUCCCCGCAUUGUUGCUUCUGCAACUCGUAUUCGUGAUUUUUAUAUGGAGAUAACUUUCCAUUUUGAGAGCUCUGUCAUUCCUUUCAUUGGGCGCAUAGCCCCUUCCGAUACUUAUCGAAUUUGGAAGCGUGGUUCUAAUCUCCGUGCUGAUAUGACCCUUGCUGGCUUUGAUGGUUUACGCAUCCAACGAUCAGACCAAACAUUUUUGUUCCUUGGAGAGGGCUAUGCCUCAGAGAAUGGUAAUUUAACUCUGCCAGGUGGUUCUUUGAUUGCUCUUUCUCAUAAGGAUAAGGAAAUCACAAAUGCUUUGGAAGGAGCUGGUACACAACCAACAGAAGCUGAAGUUGCUCAUGAAGUUUCCUUAAUGUCCCAGACAAAUAUGUAUAGACCGGGUAUUGAUGUAACUCAGGCUGAGCUUGUUCCCCAUUUAAAUUGGAGGCGUCAGGAGAAGACUGAGAUGGUUGGGAAUUGGAAGGCAAAAGUUUAUGACAUGCUUCAUGUGAUGGUGAGUGUGAAGUCAAGGCGGGUUCCAGGUGCUAUGACAGAUGAAGAGCUUUUUUCUGUGGAGGAUGGAGAAAGUAUGAUAAAUGGGGAAAACAAUGAUGAGUAUGAUGAUGUAUUGACUGCUGAGGAAAGAAUGCAAUUAGAUUCUGCACUACAUAUGGGUAAUUCAGAUGGUACUUGUGAGGAUGAGGAACAUGGAGUCUUUGAUGGUCAAGAAAAUGUUUCAGCAGCUUCCUAUGAGAAUUCUGAAGCCAAUGGCAUGGUUAAAGAGAAGAAGAGCUGGUUUAGUUGGAACAAGAAAAAUUUGAAGAGUAGCAGUGAUGAGCCUGAGGAUUCCAAAACUUUGAAGAAAAUUUCAAAGUUUGGCUCAGAAGGUAGCAAUCAGAGAUUAGGUGAGCAGCAAAAGCCAGCAUCUGAGUUUUUGAAGGAGGAUAGUGGAGACUCUAAGAAGGGAAAAGAUAGAAACAAUAGAAAAAAGAAGAAAGGAGUAAUCAGUGAGUCUAAGAAUGAAAGUGAGUAUAAAAAGGGUUUAAGACCUGUCUUGUGGCUAACGCCAGACUUCCCUUUGAAAACUGAUGAGCUUCUGCCUCUACUUGACAUCUUAGCAAAUAAGGUUAAGGCUAUUAGAAGACUCAGAGAGCUUUUGACAACUAAGCUUCCUCAUGGAACUUUUCCUGUCAAGGUUGCUAUUCCCAUAGUCCCUACUAUCCGGGUGCUUGUUACCUUUACAAAAUUUGAGGAGCUUCAGCCAGUAGAGGAGUUUUCAACUCCACUCUCCAGCCCGGCACAUUUCCAGGAUGCCAAAUCCAAGGAUUUAGAAGGGUCUACAUCAUGGAUUUCAUGGAUGAAAGGAAAUCGUGGAGGACAGUCCAGCGACUCUGAUAGCCACAGAUAUAAAGAUGAAGUUGAAGUUGACCCUUUCAGCAUACCUGCAGACUACAAAUGGGUGGACGCCAAUGAGAAGAAACGCCGAAUGAAGGCAAAGAAAGCGAGAAGUAAGAAACACAAGAAGCAGACAGCGGCAAAAGGUGGAGAUGGGGUGCGUCAGAUGACUGAGGAUGUUGAAGAAUAAUAUUAAUAUCAUGGUUUGGUAUCUCUGGGUAAAUUGAGGCUUUGAUAAUUGUUGCCAGACAAAAAGAGUCUUUCUUUGUGCACAGCCAUAACUGACUUUACAUUUCAACAUUGGGGUGUUUCUCCGAGAAUUUACUAGAAAUUUCUUGGGCAACCAAUUGUUAUUAGUUAAGUAAAAGGUGCCUUUAUUUUUUUCCCCCGUUUCGCGAAGAAAGCUUUGUCUUUUAUAAGUUGUAUUGUCAUGUGAAGUGAAAUUGAAGGUCAAGAGUCUAACGCUCCUUCAAUUGCUUUCGGCUUCAUUCUAAUUUUCUCGAGAUACCAAUAUUUGUAUCUACUCCUAUGUCGAUGAUCAUCGAUUCUACGUUUUCGUGAUUGGUAUUCUCUUCAGU